GAAAUCACUUUCAAUUUGUAUCGCCAGUGCGCAUGUUGUGCCAUUUAACAAGGCAGGCCAGAUUCCUAACUCGACUCGUCAGCAUAAAGAUGGCCAGCAAACGGAUGCACAAUGAGGACAACAAGCUGGACACCUUCCGCAGGAUCUGUGAUGAAAUAGCCGGCGAGCCGAGUUACCUGAAGAAGGUGGAGAAACUGCAGCGGUUCUUCGACAAGGGCACCAGUGGCCAGGGCUUCGAGGGCGACACCCUGCUCUGGGUGCAGUUCCUCAUCCCGGCGGCGGACCAGCGAGUCUACAAUCUGCAGAACAAGGCGCUAAUCAAGCUCUUCUCGCGCAUUUUCAACGCCAACCAGCAGCAAAUGCAUCUGGAUUUGGAACAGGAUGGCGACGUUUCGGAGACGCUGAGCAAGCACUUUGCUGCCUCCAGGAAGCUGAAGCCCCAGGCGCAAAGCAAACUCUAUCUGCAGGAAGUAGAGCAGCUGCUCCAAAAGCUGGUGGAGCGCACCAAGGAGGAUGAGCAGACCGAACUGCUGCAGGAGCUGUGCAAGAAAGCCACCGACCUGGAUCUGCGCACCUUCAUCCGGCUGGUGAAGCAUGAUUUAAGGAUCAAUGCCCGGGCCAGGCACAUCCUGGAUGCCUUUGGUCCUGAUGCCUAUCCCGCCUAUCAGUCUUCCCGGGAUUUGGCAGCCAUUGUGCAGCAGUUCGGUGGCAAGGAUAAUAAAAAGGUCGCUAAUAGUCCGGUUAAGAAGGCUAAGAAGGCGAACGCAAGUGGCAUUCAGGUGAUGACGCCCAUAUCACCCAUGUUGGCCAGUCCCUGCAAGUCGGUGGAGGAAGCCUUCAAGAAGAGCCCCUCUGGUCUGUACAGCGAAAUCAAAUACGACGGCGAGCGGGUUCAAAUCCACAAGCAGGGCGAGGACUUUAAAUUCUUCAGCCGGAAUUUAAAGCCCGUUGUGGAUCACAAGAUACGAGCUCUGAAGGAGCACAUACCUCGUGCCUUUCCGGGCGCAGGGGAAAUGAUUCUGGACUCGGAAAUCAUUCUGGUGGACACUGACACGGGUGCACUGCUGCCCUUUGGCUCUUUGGGCGCCCACAAGAAACAGACUUUUGCCAAUGCUGCCGUUUGCUUAUUUGUUUUUGAUUGCAUACUGUACGACGGCGAGGAUUUGACUCAGUUGCCAUUCCGCAAGCGACGGGAGAUCCUCGAACAGAACAUUCAACCCAUUAAGUCCCACGUACAGCUUUCGGAGUCGGAAUUCCUUAAGAAUUCGCGGGAAUUGGCCAUUAUGACGGCCAAGGUUUUGCAUGCUAAUCUCGAGGGUGUGGUGCUGAAGAGUCCAACGAGUCCCUAUCAGCCCGGUAAAAGAAACUGGCUAAAGGUUAAGAAGGAUUACCUCUUCGAUGGCAAGAUGGCUGACACGGCGGACUUGGUUGUCCUGGGUGCAUGGUAUGGAUCAGGGAAAAAAGGUGGUGUGCUGAGCAUUUUCCUCAUGGGUUGCUACGAUACAUUCGGUCGUCUGUGGAAGACGGUGACCAAAGUGCACUCUGGCCUGGACGAUGCCACCAACGCGGAAGUACACGACUCACUUAUCAAGCUAACCGAACGGGCCGAUGCCAACGCAACGCCCGACUGGCUGCUGUGCAGUAAGUCCUUGGUGCCCGAUGUUCUGGCCAAGGAUCCGAUGAAAAUGCCUGUGUGGGAGAUCACGGGCGCAGAGUUCACCAAGUCCGAAGCGCAUACGGCGUCUGGCAUCUCGAUUCGUUUCCCCAGGAUUACCCGUAGGCGCAGCGACAAGUCGCCGAAGGAGGCAACUGAUCUGGCCCAUUUGGAAGAUCUGUAUGAUGCCUCCAAGAAGAAUGUAAACGUGGAUCUGCUCUUGGCCAAUUGUGGAAAGAACGAGGAAGCGCUGAAUGUCGAAAAGACGCCACAAAAAGAUAAAAAAUUAGGAGACAGUCAGACAAGUAGCAUAAAGAAACUGAAGAGGUCCAAAACAGGCUCGGAUGCUGAGGAAGAAGCAAAUCGUAAGGAGCCGAAAGUGAAACGGAGCUUGUCGCCAUCACAAAAGGGAAUGAAGGACUUUUUUAAGUCCAGUAAGGAGACCAAAACGCCUAUUAAAACAGAACCAAAGGAAGAGAAGAAAUCGCCAGAUGCAAAAGGCAAGUUAUUUGCAGGCUUGGUGGCUCACUUUGCAAUGGUAAAAGAUUCCAGUAAGCUGAGGGAAGAAUUUUCACUGCAUGGCGGAUCUUGUACCACAGAACCGCGAAAAGCCAAUCUGGUAUUCUAUAGGACAAACGAGGCAAUGGAGCUGGAGAAGCUUAGACCUCUCUAUCGACGCAGCUGCCGGCACUUGAAUGUUAGCUGGCUCCAAGCCUCUCUCGAGUCCCAGAGUCGUCAGCCUUUCCCUCUCUAUGCGGUGAUGUUAAAACACUGAGUGCCUGCUUAAAUCGAUUUUACUCGUACUUUUUACUUUACUCGUACAUGCUUGAUUAAACCGAAUAUAUGUGUAUAUUAUAGAGAACAAGUAAAUACUUUGAUAAAAUUAUCAAA